AUGUCUAACAACGUCAUCUCAGAAGUAACCACCGCGCUGAGCGCAGUUACACCUAUGAACAACAAUAUCGAAGCUAUAUCACAAGGCAACACAAACUCAUCCGGCAGUGAAGAUUCAAGCGGAUCGCAACCUCAAGGAUCCUUUGGUAGAUACAACAAACAAAUGUUAAUAUCGAAUUACCUCAACAGAGGUAAAGAAGCAGAAAACCCAUCAAAGCAACCUGGAGGUAGCAAAGGGAACAAAGAAAAAGAUAUUGAAAAAAACCUCGAAAAAUCGAAACAAGGAGGGGCAGUAGACACCAUCGACAUAAACAAAGGUUAUAAACAAAAUCCUACCUCAAAGGAGAAUACAUUGAGCCGAAUAGAAGCUGAAUUUAGGAACAUGUUCGGAACCUCAGAGAAGUUGCCACAGAUUCAAAAGAAGAAACAAGUGAACGACAAAGAACCAGACGCACCUGACGCCGAUCAAUCCAUUACGAAGAGAGUCAACACAGAUCAAAGUUCAGCCGGAAUGAACCAAGUCAUCGACCUCACAGACAAGGACAAAUCGGCUGUAUCCUUAUUCAAUAAAACACAUAGUUUCACCAAGAGCUUUAAACUUCGAGAGUCAUCUUUUUCAGAGGGCGGCUUGAUGUUCGACUUCAGCAUAACACCAGACGCAAAUGCUCAGUCACUCCCACUUUUCUUCCACAAAAAUAUGCAGUUGCUACAAGGACAAUUACCUUUGACCAUAUUUAAUAGGGCCUGGCAACAAACCGCAAGUGACAAUCACGUGGACUAUAAGAAAGGUGAAAAAGAGGUAGAGAAGUAUCGAGGAUACCCUUUCCCAGGGGAGUGGAGUCAGUCACGAUUCGAAUGGGGUGACAACAUGGACAACUUCAUCAGCAUGUUGCGCGACGACUACAAAUUCACCGGCUUUGCCGACGCCAUGGAAAUCCACAAGAAAAACGUCUACAACAUUUUCAAGCAACAAAGAUCUUGGGUGAUAGCUUUUAAUAUUUGCAGCUUAGUCAACGAAAUUUUCUACACGGCAAGAGCUCAAGAGGACCUGAACACCGACGAUAACCCUUACAGAAAAGGAGGUCCGAAAGCAGGCAAGAAUCCGUACUCAGACGUUUUGACCGAUACACCGACACCAACUGCACAAUCAUCGAUGAUGAAAACAUCAGCCGGACCAUCUAGAAACUACGUCGACAGGAGAGACAAACAACAGUUCAGAGCGCCGAGUCCUUACGGAAAUUAUAAAGGAAGAAAUUUCAAUCCAAACCACAACAAAACAGAGAACCAAAAAGAAAAUGUUAAAGGAAAAGGGAAAGAAAAAGAGAUGUAG